AAUCGUAAUACUACUUGUACGUAUGUAGAGGUGUAUAUCUGUUUGUGGCUGGAAUUACUCACUUAGACAUAAGUAUCGUUAGAUCGCUCAGUAUACGCCAAGUUCCUUAAAGUCCGUGGCAGUCGUGUGCAACAGUGGGUUUAAGUUUAAGGUGCAGUCCUGUACCUGUUCAGGGAUUUAAUUAACGUUUACAGGUAUAUACACUUGUUUACGUGGAAGGAAAUUCGCACAUUUGUUAUUGUUUACGACUGUGUUCAAUUUGAUUUAAACAAGCAUCAUAUAACCGCAGCAGAAGCGACAUCCGCUAGUAAACUGAGAGAAGAGACCAUUCGUUUUGAUUUAUCGGAGAUGCUGUUAUACAUAACCUUGGCUCUGAUUGGUGUAUUUCUAUUGUGUGUUCCGCUCAAGGUCACUUCCGAAUACCAGAUCUGUAUAAACAAGAGCACCCCUGUGAUGACAGAUGAACAACGACUGUAUACCGUUCUCAUGAAAGAUUACGACCGGAACACCCGUCCAGUUUUUAACGCCUCUCAUUCAGUCAACGUCUCAGUCGGAAUCACACUGACACAGAUAUUCGACGUUGAUGAGAAAAAUCAAGUGAUCACAACAAACAUCUGGCUUGACCAGGAAUGGAUCGAUGAAAAACUUACAUGGGACCCCGCUCAAUACAAUGGCCUGUCCGUCCUCAGAGUGCCCUGUAAGAGUCUGUGGCUACCCGACAUUGUCCUCUACAAUAGUGCCGAGGAUUACACACAGGGCUUUAUGGAGGCCCUGGCAAUGGUUUCUAGUAACGGAAAUGUCUUCUGGCCACCCAUCGUCAAACUCCGAAGCACAUGCGCAAUAGAUAUAACCUACUUUCCGUUUGAUGAUCAAAUAUGCCGAAUGAAGGUUGGUUCAUGGGCUUACGAUGGUUUUCAAGUGGAUGUGUUCAACCGCUCUAACAGCAUAGACUUAUCAAAUUUUGUCAGCAAUGGCGAAUGGGAACUCAUCGAUGUCAAGGCCGUACGCAACGUCGUCAAAUACCAGUGCUGUCCGGAAUCUUUUCCGGAUGUGACGUUUACACUACACAUCAGCAGGAGGACUUUAUAUUAUACGUACAACGUCAUUAUUCCUUGUGUAAUGUUAUCUGUGCUGACGUUGCUCGGGUUCUGGAUGAGGCCCGACAGUGGGGAGAAAGUGACUUUGGGGUUGACCGUGCUAUUGGCUUUUUCUGUGUUCAUGUUGCUGAUUGCUGAAAAUAUGCCGGCGACGUCCAGUUUUGUUCCUCUCAUCGGAAUUUACUUGACCACAGUGAUGGCUCUGACCUCCAUGUCCGUCAUUUUGGCCGUUGUGACCUCCAACAUAAACCAGCGUGGAUUUAAGGAAACAGAUCUGCCAUCAUUCUUCAGAGGAUUUGUCGUAUUCCUCAGUAAAAUAAUGUGUAUGAAACUCGCACAUAUCCAUACUGACAACAUGGACGAAGUGAAAUUAGAGCAGCUUCGAAACGGCAUGAGGGAUAAUUAUACAAGGCAUAUGAAAACAACCUUUUCAAACGAUUCCGGUUGUAAUUUGAUAGAAUAUGAAAAUGGCGAGCAUCGGGCGGCAGGUAAUGCCAAUGCGAGAUUUAAUCCAGAAGAUCGAAAUUGGGAACUUCAGGAAAUUUUAAAUCGUCUUCAAAUUCUUAUUCUAAAGGAAGAAGAGAAAGAGAAAUCGGACGCAUUGGCGAAACGCUGGAUGGAAGCGUCCGAAGUGAUAGACCGGUUUUUGUUUUGGGUUUUUGUCCUGGGCACUUUUGUUUCCUCCAUUUUUCUAUUAAUGAUUUAUCCUACCAUCAAAAAGGUGUCAGUCGACAGCUGAGACAAACCAACGCUGUCAGAGAUAACAAAAAUCAUACGUCUUCCAUGCGUUUGUUUUUACGCAUGUUUGGAUAAUACAACACGUCAUAGAUCAGUAAUUUCUAAAGCUGAUGAAUAUGAAUCGUCAGAAGAAGGCAUAUUCCGGAAAAAUUUAUGCGAGUCUGUAAGAGACGGCAAUUUCCGAUGGGGAUUUAUGCGACUCCUCAUCACUCGGUAGUUUUCGAUGGGGAUUUAUGUGACUCGUCAUCACUCGGCAAUUCCCGAUUGGGAUUUGUGUGACUCUUCCUCAAUCAGCGAUUUCCUAUUGUGAUUGAUGUGACUCGUAUUUACUCGACAGUUUUCGUUGGGAUUAAUGUGACUCGUCAUCAGUCUGUAAUUUCCACUGUGGAUUAAUGUAACGCGUCAUCAGUCGUCAGAUACGUAUAGGGAUUUUUGUGACUCGUCAUCGGUCGAAAUUUUCCGAUUGGAAUUGAUCUAACUCGCCAUCAAUCGGCAAUGUUUGAUGGGAAUUUAUGUGACUUGUCAUCACUCAGCAAUUUUUGAUCGGGAUUUAUUUGACUCAUCAACAGUCGGCAAUUCCCGAUGGAAAUGUAUGUGACUUGUCAUCAGUCGGCUAUUUCCGAUUGAGAUCAUAUAACUCGUCAAAAACCGGAAGUUUCUGCCGUGGUUUUAUCUGUGUGACUUGUCAAAUUUCGCAAGUUUCCGAUGUGGAAUUAUAUGACUUGUCAAAAGUUGGCAGCCAUUUUAUAUGUAGAUUUUAAAUGAAUCGUGAAUUGUCGGCAAUUUCCGAGGCGGAUUUAUGUAUAUGGUCAGAUGUCCACCACCACUAUCACCUUAAUAUGGUGGUAAUAUAUAUUGUAUCUUAUGCUGGACAGUUAGCUCCGGUUGAUGUUGGAAAGAAAAAUAUAUUUAUAGUUGAUGUAAUAGUUGUUGACUUCGCACGAAUAUAGUAUUACUGAAAAGCGCUCUAGAGUGUUGAUAGACCACACCGAAAUACAUUAUUCAUUAGAAUCCAUAUCAUUAGUUUUUUAUAUAUUAUUUGUGUGUUUAUAUUUGCCAUGGUAGUUACGGUUUAUUGCCACUUUGGAAAGAAGUUGUGGUUUCUGUUAGAGUAAAAAUUCGAUUUUGUGUCUUCAAGGAUAAUUCAAUAUACAAGUAUGAAUGCAUUUGCUUAUAUUUGUUUUCAUCAGUUAACAUUAUAUCUGAAAGCCUCUUUGUGAGUAUAAGGACAAGAGUAUUUCCUUUGAAAUUCAUUAUUGGACGUGUUUUGGUAGAUAUAAGUAAGAUAGUGUAAGCAGAUAUAGGCCUUGGUAAUGAAAGGUUUACUGUGUAGUUUAUUGUCAUUUUAAAAUAAUUUACGAGCUCGCGUGCAACUGUUGACCCUUGCGACGCUGACGUCGAGCAUGUGUCUCCCCUACCACGGUCCAAAAGUUGGUUACACUUAAUAACUUCCGGUUCAUAUUAUUGUACCCUUCCGUACAAACCCUACAUAAUUUCCCAUAUUUCGCCCAUUCAUUCGUCGUCAGAAUACUUCAGCGGAUUUAAAACGUGAAUAUCCAAUCAAUCAAUCGAUCGAUCGAUAGUCGUUCAGUCUGCCUUUUCAUCUUGACGUUAAUAUUUUCCGGUUUUUGCUUAUCAUAUAGUCAUUACAUCGAAUUAAAAAAAAACACUCAAUCAAUUGCUAUUGCUUCAGCAACGAGAAAUAAUGUUGUGUAGGAUAUACAAACUGCUUAGAAAUGGUACGAAAACUAAUGUAUAAUUUGAAUAUUAACAAGGUAUUUCAAAUGCUGCAUUCGUUAUCAGAACAAACAUUUAUCCAUUAUUGGCAUUUGUCGUAGGAUUUUGUUUGAUUUUAUCAUAGAGUUGACGUCAGUGCUGAUGAAUCGGUCGUAAUCAAAACAAAACAGCAAAAGUGUGCUUCGAUUGUUCAUUUUAUUCUGCAGUCUAUCUGCAUAUGGACGAUUUCGAUAAGAAAACAAAACGUUUCGUCUCAUUAAGGACCGGAAAUUACUGUAAGAGGACUGUAUUGUAAAUCAAACAAUACCCCUUAUAUUUAAAAAAGGAACUUUGCAAUUACAGAAUUGCGAUUAGAUUGGCAUCGAAUACUUGGUUUCAAUUUCCUGAACUGUUGACGUUUUCCGGAAAUCCGUCUUUGCUCUGAAUUUUAUUAUCCUCCGUUCGAACAGAUCAAUUAAAAAAUCUAGAUUUUGCAUUGAAGCAGGAGAGAAGUACACCCAAGAGAAAACUGCAUGGUUAAUCAAUGGCGGUGCUUUACAUGGGAGUGGGCGCCCGAGGGCAACACACUACACCGUCACGUACAUACUGUGCCAAUCGUAUCCGAACUUGUAAUUUGCAUCCACACGUAUCGAUUGCUAUCACAAAAUAUCAAUUAAUAGAAUUAUAUUUCAUUUCUGUAAUUGUUUAUUUUCAAUAUCAGACUAUUUCAUUUCUUUGUUUCAACUCUGUAUGGAUUUUCAGGGACAUUAAUUCAUAUUCAUGUCACGUUAUAUUAUGCAUACACGGUCCUGUUUCUAGCUUUAUAUAUAUAUAUAGGGUGAUAUGAAAGUUUGUUUAUUUGAAGCGCUCCUUCGCUCUUUGUUGAUACUAUUGCUAAAGGUAAACAAAUAUUCAAAUCAAGCAAUGUAUUGUGUAAUAAUUAAAUAAAACCAUAAUCACACAGAACAUAUUCUGAGUAAUUGUCCAGUUUUAAUAACAAACAACAAUAAACAAGUACAGAAACUAUAUUAUCACAACAAAAUUAGAUUUGGACGGUUGAUAGUCGGUCAUGGUUGUUGAUGUAUGUAAGGGUACGAACUGUUGCGUUAUUUUAGAGAGUUUCUCGAUGUGACAAGCUGAGAGACAUAGUUUUUGGUCAGCGUCGAGUAGGCAGGACCGUAGGAUAUGAUGAUUUGUCUCAUGAUCAUGUGAUAUGUCUUAACCAAUAGGGGACACUGUGACAUAUAUAGAUAUAAUAGUCUUAGUUCUCCGUCACAGUAUUAUAUCGUGCUUGGUAAAACAUGUUCGUUUAUUUUCCCUCCCUGGGGAUUUUUUGUUCGGUGAGAUUAAAUUACCAUAUGUAUUUAUUAAUAGGAUAUUAUUUCUCUAGGUAUAUACUGUGUACCGUAUAUUUUUCGAGUCGAUCUGUGCUUCAAUUAUUUUCACGGUGGUUUUUUUCAAAUUUCACACAUUUUUUUUAAAUAAUUUCGAAUUAUCUUGGUUACAUUUAUUUUUCUAUCGAUUCAUUUAAUUAUUCCAACAUUAAGGUAAAUGAACGACAAAUCGCUCGCGAAAGUUAAGAAGUUUAUUUCAUUAUAGUGGGUGGUUUAAAUACACUUGUAGAAAUCUGAUGUAUGUCACGUUUUUAUGAUGUUGUGUAUAUGUAAACGAGACAGGGGAUUAUUUGUUUUACAGUGUUUAGCUGCAGGGUACUAGGAGUCACUCAUCACAUGUUGCCAAACAGAUUGUAUCAAUCA